AUGUCAGAGCAUUCACACUUAAUGGAUGAGAAUGUAGUAUAAUCAUAAAUAAAUUUCAAAUACAAAACAAAAUUAAAUGGAAUGUAUAAAAUUAUGAAAAUUUAUUUAUAAGAUCAGAACCAUGUGAAUUCUAUUGUUUUACUUGUAAUUAACCUAGAAUAUCAAGGAUAGAAUAUACAUAUAGCAAAGCAACAUUUAUAUGGUGUUGUAUAUUAUGUUUUUGCACAAUAAUAUUGGGUCUAGUGCCAUUUUGCAUGUAGAAAUGUUCUUCGAAAACGCAUUAUUGUCCUAUAUGUGAUAAGAUAGUUGGAUAUACAGAUGGAGAACUUUGUUGA